CAAUUUGCAAUUCAAACUCAAGACGCGUGUUAUUAUUAAUUCAUCCCCUUAUUUUUUUUUUGACGAAGCUAUAAGAUCAUAGCCAUUUAGAGAAGACGCUUUGACUUUGUUACUAUUCCAUACAGUGUCUCGAACAACCAUAGGCUGAGUACGAAUCGUCGUGACUAUCUCAGUUGAGCAACAAGCAAGACCCAAAAGGUUCAACGAGGGCGGAAAACAAGUUUUUAUUUUUUUCUUUUUCCUUCUUUAUUGUUACGCAAACAAAGACUAUGUUUAAUAACAAGGCUAGCAUAGAGAACCUUACAGCAGAAGUAUUGAUUCAUAUCACUCGUUAUUUGCCUCUCGAGACUAUUUUACAAUUUUCUUUGACUUGCAAAACAUUUAGUCACCUUAUAAAGGACGAAUUGGUGUUUCGACAACUCGCAGAACGCGACUUUUCCGUGUCUGAUAAAACAACUGAACAGAGCUGGUUAAACUACUAUAAAGAAUUGAAGCAGAAGCCAAUCAUGAAGAGAGAACUAAAAUUAGAACACGUAACAACCAUCAAUGCAACAACAACAAAAGAAGGUGCUUGUCCUCACUUGGAGCCAUUUUCUGAGCCUGUUUGUGAUAUAAAGCGUAUUAUUUAUAAAGGCGAACAUAUUGAUACAUGCGACAUUUGUCAUUCUCAGCCUGCUCAAUAUUUGAAUAUGUAUAUUGAUAAUCAUAACGGAGCAUGUCUUGCUUGUCUAAAACAAACAGUGGUGGAUGAAAACCAUUACCCUAUCCAAUUAAAAUUAGAAACCGGUCAUUUGUAUUGCUUUCAAUGUCCAGAACAUCCUCGCAAGCUCACUCAAGAAAGGGAUGGUGAUCAUAUCAGUCAGUAUUUGGAUGCCAUUCAUUCAGAAGAAGCCUAUAGGGAUUUAGACAAAAGACGUAAAAUCGAACAAAACCUCUAUAUCCAAGAAUUAAGAAGAGAAGACAUGUCAUUGAAGCAUUAUUUGGUAGAGAAGCAAUGGGGUAGAACAUGGAUGCUGUUUAGAACACGUGAAGGAUCUCCCUUACCAGCUCGCAUCACGAAUAAUAAAUUAGCACGUACAAAUGGUACACUGGAUCCCAACAUUCGAUUACCUAUGGAUAAAUACCGCCCAUCUCCUGAAACACACGGUGAUAUUGUAAGUGAGAAACUUUGGCGUUAUUUGGAGAAAGCAUAUGGUGUUCAAGGCAGAGCAUACAGUGAAGACGAUAUUGUUGCACCUGAAUAUGCUCGAUUAAGGGUGUAUGUAGACGAUUAUAAAAAGAGUAUUCAUCUUUACCCAUAAGAGAAAUAAAACACUAUUUUUAUUAUUCACAGAGAAAUAUAGUCUACAGUAUUUCUACUUGGAAUUCAGACAAUGUUAGUUUUUUUCUGGACGAAU